GUUCUGAGCUGCUCCUUCAGCUCCAUGGCAGAAGGAUGCACCGGGAGUGCUGCACCGUGAGAGCUCUGCGGGGAGCCGAGGAGAGCGCGGACGAAGCCGGAAGGCGGGAUAUGGAUUUUGUGACAUUUGAGGAUGUUGCCAUGAACUUCACCCAGGAAGAGUGGGCUAUGCUGAACCCUUCUCAGAAGACUCUCUACAUUGAUGUGAUGCUGGAAACCUGCAGGAACCUCACUUUUAUAGGAAACAAUUGUGAAGAUGAGAAUGUUAAAGAACAUUAUAAAAGUUCUGGAAAAAAUCUCAGAAUUUCCAUGUUCGAGACACUCUGUGAGCAUAAAGAUCUUCAGCAUGGAGAAACUUUUACUUGGAUAGCAAAUACCAAUAUGAUCAUGAAAAUUUCUAGUGACCUAACACCAUGUGAUGGCAAUGUGUGUGGGAAGGUUUUCAUGUGUCAUUCUUCCUUUAAUAAUCAUCCUACGUCUCACUCUCAGUACAAACUAUAUGAGCGUGAGGAGCAUGGAAACGAGCAGCAGAAAUUGCACUCUCUCACAAGCUGUCAAAGACAUAUGAGAACUCACACUGUGUAUGGACCUUUUGAAAAUAAGAAAUUUUUAAAUUAUUUUGAUUUCCAAAGUGUGUUGGUAACAGAUUUGGAAACACUUGGUGCAAAAGACCUCCAUCAAUACAAAGAAUAUAGAAAGGCUUCUGCUUAUGGAGGUUCACGUCAUACAUUUGAAGAACUCAAAUGCUAAGAAAGCAUUUUCAGUGUAAUAUAUGUGGGAAACAACUCAGUUCUUCCACUUCUCUUCAAGGACAUGAAAGAAUUCAUAGUGGUGAAAAAUCCUAUGAAUGUAAAGAAUGUGAUAAAGACUAUAGUCAGUACAGUUUCCUUCAAGCACAUGCAAAAAAUAUUACUGGAGAAAAAGCCUAUACAUGUAAACAAUGUGCUAAGGCCUUUAGUUAUGAUAGUGAUCUUCAAAGACAUGAAAAAAUACAUACUGGAGAGAAACCCUGUGCAUGUAGAGAAUGUGGUAAAGCCUUUAAAUAUAAGAGUCAUCUUCAAAGACAUGAAAAAACACAUACUGGAGAGAAACCCUAUGCAUGUAGAGAAUGUGGUAAAGCCUUUACACAAUACAGUUACCUUCAAGUACAUGAAAAAAUUCAUACUGGAGAGAAACCCUACAAAUGUAAACAAUGUGGUAAAGCCUUUAUAUGUAAUAGUCAUCUUCAAAGACAUGAGAAAACACGUACUGGAGCGAAACCCUAUGCACGUAAAUAAUGUGGUAAGGCCUUUUUAUGUAACAGUGAUCUUCAAAGACAUAAAAAAAACACAUACUGGAGAGAAACCCUAUGCAUGUAGAGAAUGUGGUAAAGCCUUCACAUGAUACAGUUACCUUCAAGUAUGUGAAAAAAUUCAAACUGGAGAGAAACCCUACAAAUGUAAACAAUGCGCUAAAGACUUCAGUUGUCACAGUGACGUUCAAAGACAUGGAAAGUUCAUACUAGAUAAAAGCCCUGUGAAUAGGAACAGUGUGGAAAAGCCUUUAGAUGUCACAGUCUUCUUACAUGAAGGAAUUCAUAUUUUAGCAAACCUAUGAAUCCAAAUAGGAUGGCAAAGCCUUUAGAUGUCGCAGUUACCUUCUUUUAUAUGAAAAUUCAUGGUAGACCAAAACCCAAUGAGUGAAAAUAAUAUAUAUCCUACAUAUGGUAUACUUAAAUUAUAUGAAAAAAUUCAUACUGGAGAAAAACUGUCCAUGCAAAGAAUGUGGAAACCUUUACAUGUCACAGUUCAAUUAAAAGAGCAAAGUAAUUGUGACAAAGAGCCCUGUGGAUGUGAACAAUGCCUAUAGUUGUUAAAAUUCCUAAAUUACAUGGCAGAGCAGUUUCACACCAGUGUUCUUUCAAUAUCAAAUAACUCAUUGGAGAAAAUUCCUAGAAAUGUAAAAUAUAAGAGUUAUUAAUAUUGUAUAUGAGCUCACUUCAAUUAUGAAUAAGACCUCACUCUCAAAUCUCUAAGAAUAGAAGUAACGGGGCAAGGAUCCAGAUGUUGCAAUUUCCACAGCAGCAGUGUAGUGGUAGCAUUUUCUUCAGGAUACCUGAGCAAAUGUCUACUCUCCUGAGAUAGGAAAUUCAUCACACAAAAAUGAAAUUCUACCAAAGUUCAGUUCCGCAAACCAAGGAUGUUAUGGGGGUUGCUUCCAGGAGCAUGGACAAUCACAGACAGCUGCAUCACCAAAAAGCACAUCCAGCCUAAGUGAUGACUCAUGGAAGCUGCAAUCUAAGAUCUCUGUCCAACUGGCAUGUAGCUUGGUUAGUUGGGGAAUUUCAUCUUUUCACAGUUGUUUACUGCUUCAUAACCUUGUGGAUGGCCUUGAGUCUUGGAAAUUUGAACUUUUCAGAACUUGUUUACUUGGUGUCUCCCCUUGAGAGGGACUGUGUCGAUGAUUGCAAGGAAAUUGAUCCACAACAGUCCACCCCUUUCUCUGGCUCUUACCUGUUUUUGUAAUGCUUUUAGAUCCUUGAGGGUGGAGAUUGUGCGGAUACAAAUGUCCAUCCAUGGCUAACAUUUAUGGCCAGUGUGACAGAGCAAUACUAUUUCUCAGGAUCUUCAUCAUUGGUUCUGAGUCUUUGUGGUGAAAAGACCUCAACUAAAGGCAAUCAGUUGCAAACGUCCAUCCAUUGUGAAAGGAAGUUUCCUUGCAUGACGGAUUGCAGCUGACAAUAGCAGUGACAAGGCAUGAAAUGAAAUGUCAAGAAGGGAAUUUGACACAUCACAUCCACCUAACAAAACAGUAGCAAUUGUUUCGCUAUUAGGACCUAUGACCACUCUGGCCAUAGUUUUGUUCCUGGCUUAUAAUAUCAGAUGCAAAUUUUCUCCUGUGGAGUGGGCUGUGAAUCCAAUCUGAAAGCUGCUUGUUGAACUCAAACAGUAGUUGUGCCACUAUUGUACCACAGGCAUAUUCUGCCUGUCCUGUUGGUACUGGAGCAUCUGGGGUUUAUAGCUGAGCAGCAGGACUGUUUGUGACAAUUCUCCCUCAGCAACCUGCAUUGC